AUGAUUCGACUGACGCGGCUCUCAUCACUAGAGUAUUAUUACCUUCGCUGGUCUUCUCUCGUGGCCACCUCGUGUCGCCGAUCCACCUUACCUAACCGAGAUAGAUACGAUUACCUCUUCAAGCUUCUCCUCAUCGGAGACUCCGGUGUUGGAAAGUCUUGCCUGUUGCUCCGUUUUGCCGAUGACACCUACACGGAAAGCUACAUUUCUACCAUCGGUGUUGACUUCAAAAUCCGCACUAUUGAACUCGAUGGCAAGACCGUGAAACUUCAAAUUUGGGACACUGCUGGCCAGGAACGAUUCCGCACCAUCACAUCUUCCUACUACCGCGGUGCCCACGGCAUCUGCGUUGUGUACGAUGUCACCGACAUGGACUCAUUCAACAAUGUCAAGCAGUGGCUUCAGGAGAUUGACCGAUAUGCUACUGAGGGCGUCAACAAGCUGCUCGUCGGUAACAAGAGCGAUAUGGAGGACAAGAAGGUGGUCGAGUACACCGUGGCGAAGGAGUUCGCCGACAGCCUGGGAAUCCCCUUCCUCGAGACCUCUGCCAAGAACGCGUCCAACGUCGAGCAGGCUUUCUUGACGAUGGCACGACAGAUCAAGGAGCGCAUGGGAACGGCUACCGUCAACAACAAGCCCACUGUGCAGGUUGGCCAGGGCCAGGGCGUCCAGUCCGGAUCCGCGGGCGGCUGCUGCUAG